AUGGCAAUGUGGCCUGAGCGCGGGUGGGAUGGCCCACAAUGCUCUGUGCAAUGGGACGCGUGGGAAUGGAGUUUAAGCUCCCAGGAAGCUGCGCCUUUUUCGCCCUUCCCGGAGGUACCUUCUGCCGACCAGGAGAAGGCGCCGGGGGACUGGAGUCUAAGCUCCCAGGAGGGGCCGCUGCCUGCAGAGGUUCCGUCGACACUCCUUCCUGUGCGAGCGCUUCACCAGGCUCUCGCGGAGGCGCUGCGCAGCAACGAGGCCUUGCAACGUCGGAUGGAGGCCCAGCGAUUGGAUCAUCAGCAAGCCCUCGAGACGGCCCAACAGCGCAUGGAGACGCAGGUGAAGCCGCAUCUUGCCCGUCUCGUUUCCUCUGUGAAAGAGAUGUGGCCACUGCUUCGAUGCGGAAGUGGGCCAGAGUACCAGCGGCAGUUCAUCCAGUUGCAAAUGUCACUUAGAGCACUUGCAGCUGCUGGCAUGCUGCCGCUUGAGUCAUCCUGA